GACUUGACAGCAAUCCGUCCUCCAUUCUCCCUCCCCUAAAUUUGGAACUCCUUCCACCUCGUUUCCACCUCGUUUCCAGCUACCGUCGCCGUAAAAGCCGGACAAGAGCACCCCAGCUAGCCUUCCCACCCUUUCUUGGUGGGUGGCUCCGCAAUCACUGCAAGAUCCCUGACUCGCCUGGCCUGACUCGCCUGGCCUCCGCGUCGGUCCCUCUCAGCCACCACACUCUCGGUCCAUCGCUGCCAUUCAAAAGAUAGCAACGUGUUCGGAAAAGCCGGGACUUGCGUCGAACACGAGACCUGAAACUUCUCCCGGCAGGCCUGACGGCGUGUGAGUGUUCACCCGGUAAUCAGCCUCUUUACGGACCGUACGACCAGCUAUUGCUCCAUCGUAGUCCUUCAAAACGGUCUGACAGCGAGUUAAUGCUGACCCAGUAAGCAGUUUGCUUACGGGCCGCAGUCGACCAGCUCGAUCGACGCGUUUGUGCUCAGGUGGCCUCGUAGUAAGACUUUUUGCCGUUCUCGCUACUACAGAUUGCACAUCCACAUCGUGGAUGGGCGCGGUGGCAGCAAGAUGCGACAUCCGAGCUCCAGCACAAUACGUAGUCAACGAGUCUAAGGACCGCGUGACCUUCCCGAUACGAUCGCGGGCACACAAUUGUACUUCACCGAAUAUCGCAGACGCCGGCUGUGCUGCUGGUUUGGCCCUGGUGAUUAAUGUUUCAACCGAUUAGUGGUACUACUCGGGGAGCGUAUGGUACUCAGUUUCUGCCCUUGCCUUUCCGACGCGGCGUCGCUUAGUGGAUUUUCUACUCGGAUACAGUUUGAAGCCAUGGGUGCGAUACCGGAUCAGCAUGUAUCGAAGCAUCGUUCGGGCCGGCAGCAGAAGCGGCGGUUGAAGUCGUCGCUACGGCUAGCGCUGCUGCUGCUGGGGGUGUUCUCCGCCGCUUACGCUUGCUUCGUGCGGCCGCACUGCACGCCAGCUAGUCUGCCGCUGAGUAAAGAGGAGCUGGAGCUGCUGCAGAUGAUGCGGGGAGGGGGACGCGCAGUGGUGAAGGUGGUGGAGGGAAAAGGGGGCGGGGGAGGGGGCGGGGGAGGCGGAAGGGGGAGCGGGGAAGCAGAGGGCAGCCGAGAGGAGGGUUAUUUCCUCGAAGGCGGGCGUGAUGGGGAUUGGGAGGAAGGGAGUGCGGGAUACCUGGCGGAUCACCCCGAGCUCAUUCACGCGAGGCUGCAAAGUCAGCAAGAGGAAGAGGAGGAGCCUGUGGGGCUGUGGGAGAGCCCGCAGCAGGAGGAGUGGAGACAGUGCGACGCACCUUCCAGGAAAUAUCGCGAGGCGCCAGUACCGGAGUCCAACGGCUAUUUGCAGGUGUUUCUGGAUGGGGGGCUCAACCAGCAACGGAUCAGUGUGUGCAAUGCGGUGACCGUGGCUCGUCUGCUCAACGCCACUCUCAUUGUCCCCGAGUUCGCCACCAACCCCUUCUGGCAGGACACAAGUCAAUUCGCGGACAUAUUCGACGUGGACCAUUUCAUCUCCUCUCUUCACAAAGACGUCCGCAUAGAGAGAAGCCUGCCACCCCACCUGGCGUGGAGCACCAGCGCCUACUACGCCUCCAGCCUCUCCCGGCGCAACAAGCUCGUCCGCUCUGCUCCCCUGCACGCCACCAAGAAGUGGUACCUGAAGCGCGUGCUGCCCCGACUCAAGCAGAGAGGCAUUGUGGCGAUGACGUCCUUCUCGCACCGCCUGGCAUUCACGGGCCUCCCCAAGGAGAUCCAACGGCUGAGAUGCCGUGUCAACUUCCACGCGCUGCGAUUCGUGCAGCCGAUCAGGGAGCUGGGCCAAAAGCUAGUGCGGCGAUUACAGGAUCCCUCCCUGCGGCCCACCCACAGGGGAGUGCUCUACUCCCCGUCUGUCAACAUGAGUGCCUUUGGGAUGGAGGAUGGGGGGAUGGAGAGAGACGGAAGGGAGGAGGCAAGAGGGGAGACGGAAGAGGGAGGAAUGAAGAAAGGGGAGGGAAGAGGACUCGACGACAUCAUUGCUCCUUGGGGUGGCUUGGGGAGAGAAACAGGCACGCGAUCGAGUGAGGGAGCUGAGGCGGCUGAGGCUGAGGAUAGAGCAGCAAGUAAGGGCGAGGAUGGAGCGGUGGGAGGAGGGCAUGAGACUGGCGAGGAUAGGGGCCACGAGGUGGUGGAGGGUGGGCGGCGGAGGCGGAGGUUCCUCGCGUUGCACUUGAGAUUCGAUCUGGACAUGGUGGCGCACUCAGCGUGUGACUACGGCGAGGCGUGGGAGGAGCAGGAGCAGCUGCGGCGGUACCGCGAGUACGCGUGGGGGGGGCGGGUGGCGAACCUGCAGCACUCCCCGCAGCACCUGAGGGCGGCGGGCAAGUGCCCCCUCACUCCAGAGGAGGUGGGGCUGCUGCUGGCGGCGCUGGGGUUCUCAAGAGCCACGAGACUAUAUGUGGCGACCUACCAGGUGUACGGAGGAGCCAGUCGCAUGGCAGCGCUGCGCCGCCUCUUCCCCAACCUGGAGGAUAAGACGUCGCUUGCCACCCAGGAGGAGCUGAGGCCGUUCCUUGGGCGGGCGUCCAUGUUGGCGGCGCUGGACUUCUACGUCAGCAUGCACAGUGAUGUGUUUGUGUCGACGUCACAAGGCAACAUGCAUAAUGUCAUGGCCGGGUACCGAGCGUACUUCGGAGGCCACAAGACCAUCAAACUGAACGCCCCUCUCCUAGCCUCUCUCCUUCAAACGCCGAACCUAACAUGGCCGGACUUCACACGGGCUGUGCAAACGGGCCAUGAGGCCAGGCUUGGGCAAAUCAAGGCUCGAAGAGUCGACCAAUCACUUUACACGUAUCCGGCUCCUGAAUGCUUGUGUAAGGUGGAGGAGGGAGAGGGACAGAGAGGGGAUAGGAGAGGGGGGCUGUUGGAAUGGUGGUAUGGAAAGCAAAAUAGGAAGAAGGGGAAAGGCCAGGCCCAAGAGCUUCACCCUCCAUCGUGAUUGACUGAACAGCAAAAAACUUGAGUUGGCACGAAUAUACGAAGUGAGUAAAACGCCAUCUGCGUUACGCCGUUUUGAAACAUGAUAUGCCCUACGUCUGAUUGCUUGAGCUUUUACACCACUU